GUACAUUAUACAAACAGGUGCGCAGACGCAGAUCUCGGUAAUCGCAGUGCAAUAUCUCGCAGAGUGCACUAUGGCUGCGCGCAUCUUAGUCGCGUCUUGCGCGCUUCUCGCGUUCAUUCACGUUGCGUGUGCUCAGGACAUUGCAGUGCAAGUCUACCAUCAACCGACCCAGGCCCGACAGGCUCUCGUGAACAGCUACAUCGACGUCACCACACAGCUGAACUCGGUGAAGAGUCAGGUGGAACACCUGUAUAUAGACUUCGCUUCGAGAAUGACCAACAAUAUGAACUCGGUCAUCAAGAAUAUUACCAACUGUGUUGAGAGCACUAGGAGGAAUUGUCAUUGGGAUUAUUGUCAUACUCCAGAUAACCAGUGCUGGGUGAAGUUCGAUUACCAUCUGCAGAAAAUUGCGCACGAUGGCAGGAAGAAAGCAGAGGAAAGCGCCGAGAUUCACACGAAAUAUCUUAAGGGGUACAUGGUGGUGGCCAGAAUUCACCUCGAUAGGACUGCAGGCUGCUUGAGGAGGUACGACAGAUUUCUAAGGGGCUGCAGGCUGUCUUGUCAGGAAACAGCCAGAGUAAGUCGUUUUCACCGCAUCGCUCUAGAGAAAAUUCGCCGAGUUCGAAACGAUCUGCCUUUUACGAGGCGAGCUUACCACGACCUUCUCUGUCGAUCCCGCCAAGAGCUGAGGCAGUUCGAAAGGUACGCCUCGAUACAGACGAGGCGAGCCAUUGAGGAGAUGAGAUCCUGUGUAGAUGUGAGACGCUAAGGUUUUUGGUGAGGUCGAAAGUUGUUUAAAGGUCUUAAAAUUUUUGUAAAAUUCUUAUAAGUGUAAUUUUGUACCUCUGAAGUUAGAUAUUUGACGCCUCGCACAUGUGCGGCAGUGUUUCUUUGUUUCUUUAGUGACUCCCGUCGAUUUGUCGAGAUGACUGGAAGAUACGUUUCCUAUAGAUGUUUUAUUUCACAAAAUGCAUGAACCAUGCUUGUGUGUGUGAGAAUGGCUUCUGAGCUUACACACAUACAGAGACAAUAAGCAUUACACAUAUAAGCAUGGCUCACUUAUUGUCGUGAAAUUAAAACAUCGAUUUCCUUUUUACCCAUAGAUUUUUAACCACUUUCGACUUAAAUCAAAACUAAUAGAAUUUAUAUGUGUCAUACUAGUUAAUUUAAUAGUGAAAAUUAAUUCGUAUACCUGUGAGUUUAAUGAGAUUGAUAAUUAAAGUUCUGUGACUAUAGUAUUAACUUCUUAGUUAAUAUAUUAUUAAAAUAUUAGGAAAAAUACUUUAAGUAUGGUAUUUUUUAUGGUCCCAGAAUUAGUGUGAAAAUGGUGAUAUAUUCAGCAUUAAAUAGAUUAUACAAGGUAUAGUUUUAAAUUGCCUAGCUAAUCGUUCCACACUGCAAACUUUUAGUCGGCCGAUAGUUUGUUUGGGCUCAUAAAUCAGUAUGAAGAUGAAUGUUACGCACAUUACAAAGAUCAGGUAGAUAUUUAGCCAGUAAUAAGCAGGUAUCAGACCAACUGACAACUUUGAUUGGAAUGAAGAUAUUAAAAAAUCAGAUCAAAUUGUCGGCCGACUGUUUAGUUUACAGUGCGCUGGUACUCUUAAGCUAUUACGGAAUUUAUUUGACAUAAAUAUUGAAUUGAUCCAACAUUAUAUAUCCACAAAAUUGAUAGAAAUCUUUACUUUAAUCAGCUUAUAUACCGACCUACUUAUUGUUUUUAUUAAGAAAUAAAAAAGUAGACGCAGAAUGUGAAAUCCAAAAAUAUACAUAGGUACCUAGUAAGUAUUUAUGUUUAGAUAAGUAUAUGACUUAAAAUUGUAAAAUUAGAUUAAAAAAUUAAAAUUGUAAAAAGAUAAUUGUGAUUA